ACUUGUACUGUAUCUGAAGUUUUCAGGAAAAUGUUAUGGAUUAGCAAUAAAUAUUAUAUUAUAUUUAAGAAGCAUUAGAAAAACUAUAUUUUAAAGGUCUCUAUUUAUAAAUUAUAAGUAAUAUUAAUUUAAAUAAAGCUGAUGUAAGAAAAUCGAGCUUGAAAUCAUUUGAAAAGAGGCGAAACAUUUUUUCAUAAAUUGCAUCAGAUGCAUAAGAAAUGUAAUUUAUUUUCGUUUUCCCCGGGCAAUUCUCGUGAUCGCAUCUAAAAAGGAACUGCCACUCCAUAAAAAACCACUUCAUCUUCUUGAACGUCUUGGCAAUUCAAUUUUCUUCACAUGCGUUCUAUAAAAAAAGAACUUCCUCUCUCAUUAUUAUAACCGCUUGUAACCCUCAUAGGUCGAAAAAACAACCAAUAGAAAACGCCCUGACAGCACGUGAACACCUCGUGAAGGCACGGGAUUUAAAAACCCAAAACAAUCAGCUCUACAAUUCUAUAUCUCACUUUUCUUCUGAACUACUAUCGCAGUUGAGCAAUUAAUCGGGGAAGCGAUUUCAUAUUUAUGGCCAUCUUCAACUUGCUACGAUUUGCAAAUAAAUAUACCACAUAUAGAAGGCCCAAGGACCCAGCUGACCAGAUACGCGAAGAAAAUUCUAUAGACGAUAUAUUUUAACCUUUUUUCUUGGAUAUUAGUUAAUGUACUUGAGAUUUUUAUUGAUGAAAAUGAAAUUUGCGAUUUCAUUGCUCGUUAUUACCCUUCUGGUACCAGUGGAAAUCUACGGAAGCUUCGAUUUUGAAUGUCCGCCAGCGGAUCUAAUUUAUCCGUGCACGUGCACUGCUUUUCCGAAGAGCGAAGUUGUAUGCAAUGAUGUUAAAAGUUUGGAUACAGUUCGUAAUGCUCUGGUGCACCGUUUCAAGACCCCCUUGCCAUGUUUACGGGUUAGCAACGUGCAUGAAUACCAACUACCUCAUCAUGCUUUUAACAACAUCACGACCAAGAAAUUGUAUUUGAAAGGAAGCAGUUUCAGGAAUAUCGAUGAUAAUGCGUUCGACGGACAGAACUCACUUGGGCUGUUGGUUUUAUCUGACGAUCGUCUGACAGAGUUCCCAUCUGCAGCUAUAAAACACUUAUCAGGAUUGCGCACCUUGAGUGUAGCUGAAAACUUCAUCAUGAAAAUUUAUGAAGAUUCGGUAAGAUAUUUACAUAAUUUGAAAUAUUUAUAUCUCCCGAACAAUCGACUCUCGUCGAUAGAACAAAAUUCCUUUCCCAGAUCUUUAGUCGGUUUAGUUCUUUCCAAAAAUCUCUUGACGUCAUUGAAUGGAAGUGUGGAAAAUUUACCGAAUCUGGAUGUACUCUUAUUAUCGAACAAUAGACUGGUAGAUGUAAAUAAACAGUUUGAUGGACUUUAUCAGCUGACGCACUUAAAUCUGGACAUGAAUAACAUUCACGAUAUAUCGGACAAUUUCAAUGAUUUAAAAUCCCUUCGAUAUCUCAACUUGGCUUACAAUAACCUAGAAAAAAUUGAGGAUGGCUUAUAUCCCCUGACAAAGCUUCGUAAAUUAAAUGUAUCUUACAAUUACAUCACAGAAAUAAAUGAAGAUCUUUUCAAGGAACUCAACAGCAUCGAAAUUCUAGAUCUUUCUGGAAAUUUCAUUGAGAAUGUGUGCCAAGCCAUAGCCCCUUUGAAAAACCUCGAAGAACUCUAUUUGUCUAAUACCAAUCUUAAGAAUUUGGACUAUGAUUGUUUCCAGGGUAUGAAAAAUCUUCGCGUUUUAGAUCUCUCGCAUAACGAACUGACUAACAUCGAUGCAGUCACUGGACAUUCUUUCCCGAAUUUAAGACAGCUGUACCUGCAAAACAACAAGUUGCAGAAUUUCCGCCAUGGUCUGAAAAACAUCAAAUAUCUUGAAGUACUGAACAUUGAAAACAACGAAUUCAGCAAUAUCAAGAAACAUCGAUUUAUGCACAAUGUGAAGUUGGGAAUGGUUAGAAUCGGAGGUAAUCCGUGGGAUUGUACAGACCAGUUUCUUGACGUACUGAAAGAUCUUGAGACACGGAAUACGAAAAUAGUUGGUGCACCCGACUGCUAUCUCACUGAGAAUUUAAUCUGACCUUUGAAUUUCACCUAAAAAUCACUGUUAAAUACAUUACAAUCCUGUGACUUUCAUAACUUGUGGGCAAAUAGUUUGAUGUACACAAAGUGCAAAGGAUAAAAAAAAAAAAAAAAAUAUUCUACUUAGUACUUUGGAGCCUCAUUUCAUUGACCAAAUCUCGCCAAGUAUUUUUGUUUGUUUUGAAAAUGAAUGGGAUGUUAUCACGUUAAAAUCUAUCUUAUCUUAAACCAGAAGAAAGAUAAGAUAUUUAAUAGUAAAACAUCUUUGUUUACUUGAACAUGUUAUCAUAAUUAAGUAACACUGUUCUUUAAUUGGGAAGAGUUUCGAAUGUUGGCGAGUCAUUUCUUAUCAUUAAAAAUCAUAUUUUUUGAGGAUUAAUUCUCAAAAAUACAAAAAAAAAAAAAACAUUAUUAUUUUUAAAUCGGCAAUAUUUAAACCUUAAAAAAAUAUUUAAACAAUUAUUUUACCUUUUUUUAUUAAUUUUGGCAACAAGGAAGGCAUUUUGGCGCAAAUGCCUUUUAUUUCCCUUCGACUAAACGCACCUUUCUAAACGAAAACCUUUUUUUCGUAAUAAAUUUAUUGUCACUUUAAUAAUUCGGAAAACAAUUGAAUGGCAGUGAUUUUCGUAAUUGAUGGUGUCAUAAUACGAAUAAAUUUAAAUCGUGUUCGAUAUAAAAAUAUAAAACACAUUUUAUUUUUAACUUCUACUUCUGUUACAAUUUCUUUAACUGUAAGGGAAGAAAAAGGCAUACAUAUACUUCCUAUAAAUUUGCAUUAGGAUGCGCAGAGGUAAUGCGCGCAAGCUAAUGCGAAAGUAUGGGAAUCUGCUUCUCAUUUGUCUCUAACUUACAGCUUGCCUUCUCCGUGUAUGGCCUGCGUAAUGCUGGCUGCAGCUCUAUUCAAAUUUAGUGAAUUACUAAAGUGCAGUGUGUCGAAAUAAGUAAAUUUGCAUAUUAUUAAGCCAGAAAGCUACUUUUUUUUUCGAAAUCAUUUUAGCCUAUUUAUUAAAAUAUGUUGCAGUAUUUCUUAUAAUAAAACUAAAUUGAAUUGAAUUUUUGAGGAAAAUUCAAAUCAAGAUAUGAAAGCUGAAGAAAAGAAAGGUCUACAAGAAAUAAUAUAUUUUGUGUUGUUAUAAUUAAAAAUAAUUUUUAUUAUUCGAAAAAAAAAGUAAUUCAUUGUCAAAAAUGACUUCUUAAUGCAUCUUAUAACUUUUACAUCAACAUUUCUCAUUCAUUUUUAUCGUUUCAAAAUGUUGUCAACUUUUAUCAGUGUGAAGUAUAGCGGUAGUGUUGCUGUUUUCUUGUUUUUUACAAUGGUUGGUUAUUAAAACAUAGAAAUUUAUAAUUAAAAUAUUAUUAAAAACUGC